AUGAGUUUAGUUAAAGGUACUUUACAUGUUUCAAUUUUAAACAACUACAUGGAUUUCUAUAAAGAAAGUACUGUAGACAAAAUUGAAUCUUCAUUUUCUAUAAGAAAUAACAACGAAUUUAAUACAAAAAAUAAUGAAAAAAGGAAGUCCUCCUUAAAUAUGAUGAACGAAGAAGAAAAGAUGAAAAACAAAAUAUCCAAAUGUCCAAAGAACAACAACUUAUAUAAGAAAAAGAAAAAGAAAAGGAAGGAAAAGAAUAUAAUAAGUAAUAAAUCGAAAGGUAAGAAAUUUAUAAAGAUCAAUAUAAAAGGUAAAGAUAAAAAAAAUAACAUAAAUGGAAACACUAACAACAACAUAAACAAUAAGAACAAUAAUUGUAAUAAUAAUAGUAAUAAUAAGAAUAAUAGUUCUUGCAAGAAUAUUUUUAAAGGAUCCAUAAAUAAAAGAAACAGUAAAUUAUUAUUAAAAGACGAAUUAAAAAAUGAUGAAAAAAUAUAUCUUGAACAAAUUAAUAACGCAUUUAUUUCCUUGAACAAAAAUGAUAUGAACAUGAUCAGAAAAUGUAAAGAGAAAAAUCACUUAAUAAGACAAAUGAAUUCAAAAAUAAAAAAAAAGAAAUAUAAUAAAAAAAAUGUAUUAAUAUCCAAACGAAUAAACAAAGAAAUUCAAAUCUUAAAAAGAAAUGAUUCUUAUAUUAUUUAUCAUAUCAAUGAAAAGAAAAAGACCGCAAAAGAAAAAGAAAAGAAAAGAAAAAAAAGAAAAAAAAUUUUAAAAUCUAUAUUUUAUAAUAGAAAAAGGUCACAUUAUUAUAUAUCUAAUCUUUUAAAAACAUUUAUGAAGAUAAAGAAUAAUAAAAUACAAAAGAAAUUAAAACAAUAUGUAUAUCUCAAGGAAAUAUAUUCAACUAUAAAUAUGCAGAAUAAACAAACCGGUAACAAUUUAAAUGAACAGAAUAAGUCUGAAAUUAUUUAUGAUGAUUUAAAAAAAGUCUUGCAACCUAACAAGUGUGAUAAUAAAUUAUUUAGAAUGAAUUUUAAACGUUCAAAGAAUUUAACGAAUGAAAAAAAAAAUUAUAUAAACGAAAAUUAUAGUAAUAAUAAUAAUAAUAAUAAUAUUUAUAGUGAGGAUAGUUGUAUGGGUGAAAUUCUUAGUGAUGAUUAUAUAAUAUUAAAUAAAAAGAAAUCUAAUAAACUUGAAAACAAAAUAUCUAAUAAUAUUAUUAAUCAUAGACAUUGUAGUGAGGAUAUGUAUUUGAACACAUCGAUAUUAAAAGAAAAUAAUAAUAACUUCAUUAAUUCAUAUGUUAUGAAAGAAAAUGAUAUGAAUGUAAUGAAUUUAAAGAAUGAUAUUAAAGAAAAAGAAGAUCAAUUGAUUUUAAAAAAUGAAAAUAAGAAAAUACAAUUGUGUAAUGAAAACGAAUUAGAUAAUGAGAAAAAGAAUAAGGGAGAUAACAUAAUAUUGGAUAAUAUACAAGGUAAAGAUAAUUUUUAUAAAUAUAUUAAUGUCUUGUCUAUUAAUAAAUUAAUAAAAGGAGAAGGUUCUUUAGAAAAAAGAACUAAUAAAAGUGAUAGUAGUAAUAAUGAACAUAAAAGUGAUAAUAUUUAUGAUAAUAAAAAAAUAAAUUAUAAAAAUAAUCCAAAUUAUACUUCCGAAUUGUUACAAAAAAUGGAGAAUAGUAAAAACUUGUUUGAUGAAGCAAAAGAAAAAAAAAAAAAAUCAAAAAAAAUUAAAGAAAAAAAAAUAAAAGAAAAAAAAAUGAAUAGUUGUGUUAAUAAAAAUAUAAUGGAUCAUGUUAAUUUGGAUGAGCAUGAAGAAAGUGUAAAAAAGAGAAGGAAAAAAAAAAAAAAAACUAACAACAAAGAAAAAUAUAAUAUGAAAAAUAAAAGUGACAAAAUUUUUGAAGAACUUACAAGUACAAAUGGUUGUAUUAAUAGUAGUAGUAAUAAUAAUAAUAAUAAUAAUAAUAAUAAUGAUAAUUAUAUUAUAUUAACAGGUAAUGGACAAAAUAUUAGUGAUGAAGAAAUAUCUGAAUAUAUAACAAAACAAGGUUUGAAUUUAAAAGAAUAUCUUAUAUGGAAAGAAAUAAAGAUUAAAGAAAGCAAAGAACUUAUUCAUUUAAAUGUAGAUGCAUCAUUUAGUGUUUCGAAGGGUGCUGGGUUAUAUAAUUAUGGUCAGAAUAUAUGUUUCUUUAAUAGUAUUAUUCAAGCAAUUAUAAGAAUUCCUUAUAUUUGUAAAGAUUUAUUAAAUAAAUUACAUUCAUUAAAUUGUGAAAAAAGGAAAAAAAAAACAUUUUGUUUUUAUUGUUUAUUUGAACAAUUCGCUUGUAAUAUUAUAUCAAAAAAAAGUGUAAUAAAAAAUGUAUUAAUACCAUAUAUAAAGAAAUAUAUGUGUAAUAGUUAUCAUAUAGGAUAUCAAGAAGAUGUACAUGAAUAUUUAAGAUAUUUUCUAAAUUCUUUAGAAAAGACAUCUUUUUUUUCAUCGAUUUAUAUACAGAAAAUGUUUACAGGAGUAUCAAAAAAUGUAACCAUAUGUAUGAAUUGUAAUAAUGUAUCACUUAAAUAUGAACAAUAUUAUGAAUUAUCUUUAGAUAUUAGCUCAUCUAAUAAUUUGGAAGAUGCCUUAAAGAAUUUUUUGUCAAAGGAAAUGUUAGUAGGAGAAAAUGGAUAUUAUUGUGAAAAAUGUAAAAAAAAAAAAAGAGCAACAAAACAAUGUGUUAUUAAUAAAUUACCAAGAGUUCUAACUAUACAAAUAAAAAGAUUUUUUAUGAAUUCAAAUUUUGAUAUAGUAAAAAAUCACAAAAAUAUUUCUUAUCCAUUAUAUUUAGAUAUGAAAUAUUAUGUUAAUAAUUAUGAUUUAUUCGAGAAUAAUUUUAAUAAUAAUGUUAUAUCUUUAUAUGAAAAAAUGAAUAAAACAAAUGGUGUAGGCACUACAAUGAAUGGAAAUAAUAAUAAUAAUAAUAUAUAUCAUGAGAAUAAUUCUUGUAAUAUAAAUUAUAAUAAUACUACACAGAAAAGUGUAAAUGAACAAGAUAUAAUACAUGAACAUUCAUUUAGAAGAAACAAAAUUAAUUACGAAAAUGAUUUUCUUUUAAAUAAUAUAAAUAAAAAGAGAGAGUGUUCUAAUGAUGAUAUCAUUUGUAAUAUAAAUAAAAAUGAAGAUAUAUUUUUUAAUAAUAAUGAAAAAGAAUUUAUAAUAAAAGAAAAUUAUAUGAAUACUAAUCAAUGUAUUAAAUUAAGAGGAGGAAAUGAUAAUAUAAAUAUACACGUCCUAAAAAUUAUUGAAAAUAUUUUAAUUGAUCUCAAAGAAAGUUUAUAUAAAAAACAAAUACAAAAUAAAUUGACAUCAAAAGUUUUAAGAAAUAUGAUACGAGAAAAAAAAAAACUACUCAUAAAAGAAUUAAAGAAAAUUAAAUUUUCUAAAUUAUAUAAAGAUAUUUCUUUAAGGAUAUCUAAAGAUAUUGAUAUGUUAUAUUAUUUUUUUAAAGUAAAUAGAGAAAAUGAUAAAUUUAAAAAAAUUAUAUAUAAAUAUAAAAUAGAUUAUUAUGAAUAUUAUGUUGGAUCUACAAAUUUUAAGGCAGAUUUUAUAAAAUAUAAUCAUAAUUUCGAUUCUCCUUCUAAAGAUCAUGAUAAUAAUAGUCCUCUUCAAAAUAAUGAUAUAAAUAAUAAUAGACAAUCGAAUGUAAAUUUGAAAGAGCAAAAUAUGAACAACACUAAUAAAAAAAAAAAUAAUUAUUUUUCAUUCGAAUUAACAGGAUUAAUUAAACAUAUAGGAUCUGGAACAGAUUAUGGUCAUUAUAUCGCUCUAACCAAAUCUAAUAAUAAUAUUUAUUUACAAUGUGAUGAUAACCAUAUUUCAUAUAUUAAUAGAAAAGAUAUUUUAAAGUGUGUAAAGAAUGCAUACGUUUUUAUAUAUACAUGCAUCAAUCCCGAAUUUAUCGAUUUUUAUAAUAAAUAUGUAGAUGUUUUAGAAAAAAAAAAUUUUGAUAUCAAUUUACCUGUAUUUGAAAAGAGAGUAGAAUUCAAAGAAAGAAUAACAAUGCCAAAAGAAAAAUUUAUAAAUAAAUCGUUAUGCUAUUAA